AUGGCUGAUAGCAUGAUGCUACCACCAUUUGUCGAUUUGAGACCCGUUAUGACACCUGUUGAAGAGCAAGGAACAAAAAUGAACAGUUGUGUUGGAAAUGCACUUGCAGGUGCCGUGGAAUAUUUAAUGUUCCACGACAGUGGCAUACCCAUGAGUGUUAGUCGUCUAUUCAUAUUCUACACUGCUCGAGUUAUAGAAGAAAAAACUCAACAUAUCGGGAAUAGUGGAGUGACCAUUGAAAGUGGAAUUAAAGCUUUGCAAAAAUUCGGAGUAUGUAAAGAAUCAACAUGGCCCUACGAUUCCCGAUCCGUCAAUCGAAUACCCUCACGACAAGCAUUUGAAGAGGCGCGACGAAUCACCAUUGAACCGAUGCAAGUCCAAAUGGAUUUAAAUACUAUGCGUGAAUGUUUGGCCAUGGGUUAUCCAUUUUCAUUCGGUCUUAAGUUAUUUUCUUCUAUGAAAUCGGUCGAGUUAAACGGGGGCUACAUUCCUAUGCCGCAAGUGACCGAGAGGACUUUGAACAGGAAAGGAUAUCAUGCCGUGUUGGCUGUCGGAUACGAUGAUGAACAAAGACAUUUUAUCAUCAGAAAUUCAUGGGGAACAAAGUGGGCUACGGCUAUAUUCCUUAUGCAUAUAUGA